AUGCCACAGGGAUUGAAACUUGUACAUGGCCUCGCGCAGAUUCUUCUUCCUACCGUGAUUGAGGAAGAGAGGGUCAACGAACUUCGUGAUUUCGUACAGCGUCUUGCAUAUUCCGGCGACUACGACCCUGGCGGUAACUAUGAGGUGGCUGAGAGUAUAGCAGGCUACCGCCGUCACGAUGGAAAUCCAAAAUGCGUCAAUGCGAAAAUCGAAAAGCACGCUGAAGAGGGAGUCCAAAGCCAUCUCGACAUGACCGUGAUGGCGGUAGCGCGGUUAAACGCCGAUUUGUCAGGAGCCGUUAGCAAAGUCGCCGAACUGAAAAGUCAGAUGGACAUCCAACUUCGAAAAUUCGGCCGGGUCGACGAACUGGAAAGUCGGGUGGAAGCGGACCACCAGAAAAACGAAGAGCUUGCGAAGCAGAUAGCAUCCAUCAAGCUGACGCAUAAAUCGAAAUACGAUCGUCUCGGUAAAUUGCAGAAACUACUGGCGGGGCAAGCGGACAAUAUUGAAACUUUGGAAAGUACGGCGAAGAAAGACAGAAAAGCGAACGAAGACAUCCGACGGACGGUCGAUUCGUUGCACGGAUCGACGACAGCGUUGGCGAAGAAGGUGGAAGAAAUGGGAGCCAUCGGUGGAACCGGGGGAAGAGGAGGAGGAAUACUCCGCGGACUCGCGCAACAACAGAUUUCGAACAUGAAGAAGGAAAUGGACAUCCAAUCCGCACAGCUGUCGGAACAGAAUUUGCGUUUUCAGAUUCUGGAAACAGCCAGCUACGACGGCGUGCUGAUGUGGAAGAUAAAUUCCGUGCGUAUGAGGAAGCAGGAAGCGGACAGCGGCAAAAUCGUAUCCCUUUACAGCCAACCCUUCUACGCCGGUCGGUUCGGAUACAAGAUGUGCGCCCGAAUCUAUCUGAACGGCGACGGAAUGGGCAAAGAGACGCACGUUUCCAUGUUCUUCGUCGUCAUGAAAGGAGAUUACGACGCCCUACUCAAAUGGCCGUUCGAUCAAAAGGUGACGAUGCUGCUGCUCGACCAGGACGACGGAAAGCUCACGCUCUCGGACAGCUUCAAACCGGACACCCGAAGCAGCAGCUUUAAAAGACCGACCGGCGACAUGAACAUAGCUUCCAGAUGCCCUCUCUUCGUUUCUCAGGACAUCCUGAAAAAUUCCGUUUACGUCAAAGACGACACCAUGUUUCUGAAGAUGAUCGUCGACACGACAGGUCUGUACGUUUGA